GGGACGCUGCACAGUCGAGGACGGAUCUGUAAACGUAAGCCGGAGGAGUCAAACAGGAUGAUUGCUCUCCAACUCACCGUGUUCACCCUCCUCAUCUGUGGGACCUGCGGUUUUUCUGGGUACUGGUUCAACAUGUUUAACCACUGCAACCCUCCUGAACAGAUGUUAGGGAAGUUCUGUGCUGCUUUGCUGGACAACGACGUCAACGGCGACGGCAGAGUGGACGGCAAAGACAUCGGCUUUGAUAUGCUCUACUACAACUAUGACGAUGACCUUUGCACCACACAAAAGUGGGAGUUCUUAACACGGUGGACGUGCAGGUACGGUUACUCCGGGGAGUACGCUCGCUUCGUCAGCGCCUUGUUCAGCAGCGGCGGAGCAGGAGACUUCAGUAGCUUCAAUAUGUCCAGUGACGCCUUCCUGUCAAUGCAAUACGUGCGUUUCAAGAACGGCUACUGUGGUGACCCGAAAAACAGGGAGAACCCCAUUGACCGCGUCCAGUGUGCCGAGGUGGACGAACUUCAGCCACAAGACGUCAAGUGUGCAUGAUGAGACAUUUCCCCUGUAAUGAAUAAACAUCUAUAAAGCUGUU